GUAGUCGGGAAUAGGUCAUUUCGGUAAAUAUUUUUUUUUAUUUACAAAAAUGGGUCGAAAAAUCGGUGCUGCGUUUUUGUUUGUAGCCGUUUGUUUACUUAUGCGACCAGUAACCGCGACAUCCGUCCAACUGCCAGCAGUAUAUCCUCUAGUGAACAUCCUACUACCAUUACUGAACAACGUAUACAACCUCCUUCUAUCUCUACUGUCAAUUUUCGACACCCUCCCGCCAUCCAUCAGCUGUUUGAUUCCAGUCGAUUUAAGCGCUUUAGAAACUUCUUUAUUGAAGUUAUAUUCUCAAGCAUUGGCCAUUGUGAACUUCUUGAGAUCAUUGCCAGAAUAUGCGGUUGGCGCGAACCCUUCGACUCCUAGUUCAGGGGUUGCCAACAUGCAAAACCUACUCUCAACUUUGGUAUCAGCGAUCACAGACUUGGCAGACGACGUUCUGGUUGGCAUUGGCGGCAGUCUGUUACCAGGGUUACUCCAAUUGGUUGUUAUGGUCGUUCAAGCCGUGCUUAACUUGUUACUUUAAAAAUAUAGACGCUAAUCUUACUUGUUAUCUAGAGUAAGCUGUUAUAUAUUUAAUAAAUUGUUGAAUCAUUUAA